AUGGCAAUAUUAUUGCCAAUGUCUUAUGCCAACACUCUUAUGCAGUUAUAAAUUAUAUUAUAAUCUGGGUUAUGCCAUGAAUAUGCCAAUAUGCCAUUAUUAUUUUAUAAAUUAUACUAAAUAUUGUACGUUUAAUAAUUAGUUUGCUCAAUAAAUUUCUAUUUUAACCUUCAAUAUAAAAUACAAUUUAGAAUUUCGUUAACUUGAAGAAAUUCAUACUUUGACUUAUUGCUCAAUUAUAUUGUUUUGAUGUUCAUAAUUGUUAUGUUAUGUUUAAAGAUUAAUUAUAAUAAUAAUAAUAGGCAGGUAGUACAAAUAGUAAGUUAUCCUUUCUUAAGUGCAAAUUAUUGAAUGUAUGACUGCAUACAUUCAAUAAUUUAUCUAUAUAUUAUGUAUGUUAAUACCAAACAUGUGGAAUGAGGAUACAACUAUACUAUAACAAUUUCUUUAAAAAUGUAUCGUAUUUUUUACUUUAUUAAAAUUAAAUAAAAAAAGAAACAUCUUUACACCAAAGUAAUUAACUUAUUUUACAAAUAUUAUAAUGCAGUCUCUACGAUUGAUAAGUUUUUCAAAACUUUCAAGAUUAUUAUCAAAUACUUCAUCCAGAUAUGUACAUUUUAAUUCUCAUGAUAUAUUUUCCAAAGACAACUCUUUAAAAUCUGUGAAAUGUUUUAAGUCAUUAUGUCCUGAACUGAAUACUGAUGGUAAACGUCAAGCUGCUGUUCUUAUUCCAUUAUGUAUUGUUAAAGACGAAAUAUCAUUAUUGUAUACAUUAAGGACAAAUAAUUUAAAAAGAAAUAGUGGUCAAGUAUCGUUUCCUGGUGGAAUGCGUGAAACAGAUGAACAACUACAGGAUACAGCACUGAGAGAAUCUUGCGAAGAACUUGGAAUAAGCAAAACUGGAAAUAUUGGUGUUAUAGAACCAGAGAAUUUAAAUAUUUCCAGUGAAGAAGUACAAUAUGCAUUUGCUGUUCCCAUUAGGCAUUUUUGCGAACCGGCUAAUUGCAAACAUACAUAUUUUAGACAACAGUCAAACAGAUUAAUGAUGAUACCAGUAUACACAAAUGACUAUAAAAGAAUAUGGGGCAUGACUGCUUAUAUGACUUGGUUGGUAUUAAAAUCCAUUAUACCAGAGAAGUUUAAUCAAAAACUUUCUUCCUCAUUAUAUGGAAGAAAUUAAAAUGCAUGAUAAUUGUAUUGUCUAUUAUAGUUACCAUUUUAAGUCUUUUAUUAACCUAGUACCUAAUAAGUAAUGAGUGAAAAUAAUGUAUUAAAAUAUAUAUGACAGGGGCUGACUGGGAAUGAGAAUUAGCCCCCCCAAAACAGACAAUUUAGCCAAUAUUUGGGCUGAUAAAAAAAUAUUUAUAAGUUGCCAGUCUGCCCCUGGUAUAUAAUAUACCAUUAUCAUUAUAUUCACUAUUUUUAGUAUGUGAAAUAAAUACUUGAUGUUUGUAGUUAUAAUUAUAAUUCAAUCUUUAAGUAAUUAAAUUGUGAUACAACAUUUUAAAAUGUACCAUAGCACUAUUCAAUAUAUUUGUUAUACAUUUAUACUACAUAAAUUAAAUGAAUUAUAUUUUGUUUCUAAUUAUUAUAAAUGUAAUAGUAAUAAUAAUACACAAUUUAUACGUCUGUAAUUAUCAUUUUAUUUUAUUAUUGUUAUAAAUCUAAAAUGUACCUAUUAUGUAUUACCUUCUUAAUAAGCGUUAAUCGUUAUUUAAAUAUUAAAAAAUGUAUUCUGUGUCAAUACAAUUUUUAAUUGUGAAAAACAACUAUAGACUAAUUACUCCAUGAUACUAUAAAUUUCAUCUAUUCUGUGAUUUAAACAUGUUAAUGCCUUAAUGGGUUAAAUCACAAUGUAGAUAAUAAAGAAAACACACAUUUUGAAAAAAAAUUUUUAAAAUUAAUUUGGUGACUAAACUGUAGCUAUGCCAAAUUUAAAUCUGUAUUUUUGGAUGUAAAUUCCGAUAUUUUUGUGUACCUAUUUAGAAAUGUUAUUAGAUCUAUAAACUGCAAUAAAGAUUAUUUAAUUAACAUAUUUAUUGCAAUAAUUGUUUAUCAAUGUGCUAUACUGCCGUCUGCCAUUACUAACUUAUUUGUUAUACUCAUACCCUGAACAAAUUGACAUGGACACAUAUGGUCAUAGUACAUUGACUAACAAUUAUUGUAAUUAAUAUGAUUCAUAAAUCACCUUAAUUACAGUUUAUAGAUCUGGCAUUUCUGA